CUCUCACUUUCUCCUCGCACCUAUAAUGGAUAGUAAACAUGCGAUUUAUACAGGAAAUACAACCUCACUUGAAACGGCCUGGCUUUAGUAGGCCUAAACAAAAUACAUACAUGGGCCACAGACUCACCUAUUCUUCGAAGGCUUGUAAGGCUAGUCUACCGGUUAAGCUAUACAUCUCCAUGCAUACGGGCUCCAAAGAGUUAUCAACGUAAUACCUUGUUGGAACACGCGCAUCUUCCCUUGACGCAAACAACUGUGUGGCUGCUGGUUUCAACACAAGUGGGAUACUGAAUGGAUGUAAAGACAAUAUCGAAGGUUUUCUAUUUUUAGAUCGUUAAGUCUGACCGGGGAGUUCUUCGAGGAGUCAGACGCCCUGCGAAGACAGCGGUUAUGCUAUCAGUCCAACCGGCAUCAACGGCGAACGCACUGACGCGAGAUCCCAGUCGUACUAUUACUCAGUGAUUCUCAAGACUAAUCUCCCAGAUUGUCCGAGAGGAGAGGUGCUGCAGUCGAUGCUGCAAUUUUAGGCACUACUCCAUCAGGCUUUAUGCUGCGACAGCAGACCCGAUGACAGAGAGAUGCUUGCAUUCGUUUUGGUAGCUGGGUCUAUUUGGAUUAUACUAGAGCUCAGUUCCACGUUGAUGGAAAGGAUGCAGGCCCAGGAGCUGUUGAGCAGUCUGCGGCUGCCGGAGUUGGACGACCUCAGCCAGUUCUUCCGCUCGUUGCCCACCUCCACCCUGGUGGGGCUGGGAGCCCUCACCGCCGUCUUGGCCUACUGGCUGGCCACGCGCCCACGCCCCAUCACGCCACCCUGCAGCCUCCGCCACCAGUCGGAGCAGUUGGAGGAUGGCUCACGCAGAUCCAUGCUAGGAGACAGUCCAAAGCUUCUGACCCACUACCACGAAGAUGCCAAGACCCUGUAUGAGGUUUUCCGCCGGGGUCUUCACAUAGCUGGUGAUGGACCCUGUUUAGGCUCACGGUUACCCAACCAGCCCUAUAAGUGGCUCUCUUAUAAAGAGGUCAUUGCGCGUGCAGAGCACCUUGGAUCUGGGUUGAUUGAGAAAGGAUGCAAGGCUGGUGCAGAACAGUUCAUCGGCGUGUUUGCACAAAACAGACCAGAGUGGAUCAUCUCCGAGCUGGCCUGCUAUACCUACUCCAUGGUGGUGGUCCCUCUGUACGACACACUGGGUGCAGAUGCCAUCCGGUACAUCAUCAACAGAGCGGAGAUCUCCACGGUGAUCUGCGAUAAGCCUGAGAAGGCCCAGGUGCUGCUGGGUAAUGUGGAGAGCCAGGAGACGCCAGGCCUGAGGAGGAUCCUGCUCAUGGACUCCUUUGACGCCCAGCUGGUGGAGGUCGGGGAGAAGUGUGGGGUGCAGGUGCAGGCCCUGAAGGACAUCGAGGCGGUUGGCAGAGAGCAUCACAAAACCCCAAUGCCUCCGCGGCCAGAUGACCUGUCUAUUGUCUGCUUCACCAGCGGGACAACAGGAAACCCCAAAGGAGUAAUGUUGACCCAUGGCAACGUGGUGGCGGACUUCUCAGGCUUUCUCAAGGUCACUGAGAAAGUAAUUUCGCCCAACCAAGACGACUGUCUCAUCUCAUUCCUCCCCUUGGCUCAUAUGUUCGAGAGACUCAUUGAGUCCGUCGUCUUCUGUCACGGAGGGAGGGUCGGCUUCUUCCAGGGUGACAUCCGUCUCCUCUCGGACGACAUGAAGGUCCUGCAGCCCACUGUCUUCCCAGUGGUGCCACGGCUGCUCAACCGCAUGUACGACAAGAUUUUCAGCCAGGCCAACACUCCUCUGAAGCGCUGGCUGCUGAACUUCGCGGCCAAGAGAAAAGGGAGAGAAGUGAGCAGCGGCAUCAUCCGCAAUGACAGCCUGUGGGACAAGAUAUUCUUUCACAAGAUCCAGGCCAGCCUGGGAGGCCGACUGCGGAUGAUCAUCACGGGCGCGGCCCCCGUCUCCCCCACUGUCCUGGGCUUCCUCAGGGCGGCCUUGGGCUGUCAGGUGUAUGAAGCAUAUGGUCAGACUGAAUGUACUGCUGGAUGCACCUACACCACUCCAGGAGACUGGACCUCAGGCCACGUUGGUGCUCCGCUUCCCUGCAACCUCAUUAAGCUGGUGGACGUGCCAGAGAAGAACUACUACGCCACCAAGGGAGAGGGAGAGGUGUGCGUGAAAGGUCCAAAUGUUUUCAAGGGCUACCUGAAGGAUCCGGACAGGACCGCGGACACUCUGGAUGCGGAUGAGUGGCUUCAUACGGGUGACAUCGGGAAGUGGCUACCUAAUGGCACACUGAAGAUUAUUGACAGAAAGAAGCACAUUUUCAAGCUGGCCCAGGGGGAGUAUAUAUCACCGGAGAAGAUUGAAAGCAUCUACAUCCGCAGUGAGCCCGUGUCUCAGCUCUACGUGCAUGGGGACAGUCUGCAGUCCUGCCUGGUGGGAAUCGUGGUACCAGACCCAGAGGUGAUGCCCUAUUGGGCUCACAAAAAGGGCUUCGCAGGCGAUUUUGAUGACCUGUGUAACAAUACGGAUGUCAAAAAGGCCAUAAUGGAUGACAUGGUGGGUCUGGGUAAAUCCAGUGGCCUCCACUCUUUUGAGCAGGUGAAGGACAUCUACAUACACAAUGAGAUGUUCUCGAUCCAGAACGGGCUGCUCACUCCCACGCUGAAAGCCCGGCGACCAGAGCUCAAGGAGUACUUCAAGGCAAAGAUCGAACAACUCUACAGGAACAUCUCCAUGUAAACGGCCAUCUUCAGCAGAUGAAAGCCUCGGGAGGGGGGAUGUUCCAAGGAUGUUGUGUAGUGACAAACCUGGAUCAGUUAGGUUUAGAGUAAAUGCUAAACCCCCCAAUAGAAGGACAUUUGGGCUUCAGGAUCAUAUUAACUCAACCAAACCAAAUGUUCCUAUCUAUGUUGACGGUUUACCACUUAACCUAAGCCCAAUUCACCAACGGUUGUCACCAAACCUCGUCCUGACCAAACCAUGACACCUCCCUCCUUGGGCUUAACAGACAUAUUUAGCAUCAUUGCGGUUCGUGACUCAUUUGAACCAUUCGUCCUUAACCACACCCUCAUGAAACCCAUAAAAGAAAAAAAAAAGAUGCUAUGCACCUGAGAUGAGUCCCGAGUGGAGAGACUGUUGUAUUUAUGCCCCUUUUUUGAGAAAAGAAGGAAAACUAACGUCAUCCAUCUCUCCACAUCUUUUCACUCCGGACGUCAACGUCUCUCAAGAUGCACUUGGUAGCCUCUCUCACGAAACCCCUCCUCCCUCUCCCCCAACAUUUAAAUUAAGUUUGUCAACUCUCUGUCUGUCGGCUAGGAAAUGAAAGGGUAAUCAAAAAUGGCCAGCGUGCCUUUUUUGCGGAAACAACAGACUUUUAACGACCAAAAUCUGAGCCCCCCUUCAUUGUUGCAAAAGAGUGACAGCAGCAGUAGCCAGAGAGAAGCCUGGAAUAACCCCAAGAUCCCCAGACACCCCCACCCCCCCCCCCCCUCUCUCUCAUCGUCUCUUCAGGGGACCAUGAAAAACCAAAACCUCAGCAGUGCAGGCAUGGACUGGCUCUUCUCCUCAGCUUCUCUGGCUGUUACGAGGCAUGGAGGGCCUGCCUGACAAUAUGCUGCAUGAGCCACCCAGCAGAGUCCCGCAUGGCCACGCUACAACAAGCGCUUGUUGGGGGCUCGAGUCCUCAGUGAAAGUCUGGGAGAUGCCAUUAAAGACAGACGCCGACCAUUCGCAGGCCCGCUGACAGCCUUGGCCGGCCCCAGGGCAAAGUCUUCUGAAAGCC